CCAAUCGGUGUUGGGCAGCGACAGAUCUGUAGAAGCAGCGCACCCAACUUCGCUUUGGUUAUGACUAGUAAAAAUCUGUUUGUGUUGCCGGACUCAAAGUAAAUUCGGUGAAGAAUAAGUAUAUCGUAGGCUUUAAAGUCAAUACGCAAAAUGGGACAGAACCAAUCGGCUCAAGGUGGUGCUGGCGACAAGAAAGAUGACAAAGACAAAAAAAAGAAGUACGAGCCACCAAUUCCAACGCGCGUUGGUAAGAAGAAGCGUCGCGCAAAGGGUCCCGAUGCUGCCAUGAAGCUGCCCCAAGUGACUCCGCAUACACGGUGUCGCCUAAAGUUGCUGAAGUUAGAACGCAUCAAAGAUUAUCUCAUGAUGGAGGACGAAUUUAUACGCAAUCAGGAGCGCUUAAAGCCCCAGGAUGAAAAGAAUGAAGAGGAACGUUCCAAGGUCGAUGAUCUGCGAGGCACGCCCAUGUCUGUUGGAAAUCUAGAAGAGAUUAUCGAUGAUAAUCAUGCUAUUGUGUCCACGUCUGUGGGGUCUGAGCAUUAUGUCAGCAUUUUAUCUUUUGUGGACAAAGAUCAACUGGAGCCUGGAUGCUCAGUGUUGUUGAAUCACAAAGUUCAUGCUGUGGUGGGCGUGCUCAGCGAUGAUACAGAUCCCAUGGUGACUGUGAUGAAGCUGGAAAAGGCACCGCAAGAGACCUAUGCCGAUAUUGGUGGUCUAGACACUCAGAUUCAGGAAAUCAAAGAAUCUGUGGAGCUUCCGCUAACACAUCCCGAAUACUAUGAGGAGAUGGGCAUAAAGCCCCCUAAGGGUGUUAUUUUGUAUGGACCUCCAGGCACGGGCAAAACACUGCUCGCCAAGGCUGUGGCCAAUCAGACGUCGGCAACUUUCUUGCGCGUCGUUGGCUCUGAACUUAUUCAAAAGUAUCUCGGUGAUGGCCCCAAACUGGUACGUGAGCUGUUCCGCGUGGCCGAGGAACAUGCUCCGUCUAUUGUGUUCAUCGAUGAAAUUGAUGCGGUGGGAACGAAACGUUACGAUUCAAACUCUGGCGGUGAGCGUGAAAUACAACGCACAAUGUUGGAAUUGCUUAAUCAAUUGGAUGGUUUCGAUUCCCGGGGUGAUGUUAAGGUUAUAAUGGCUACAAACCGCAUUGAAACUCUCGAUCCGGCGUUGAUCCGUCCCGGACGUAUUGAUCGUAAAAUCGAAUUCCCUCUCCCGGAUGAAAAGACCAAACGUCGCAUUUUCACUAUUCAUACAUCGCGCAUGACACUCGCUGAGGACGUCAACCUGAGUGAACUAAUCAUGGCAAAAGAUGAUUUAUCUGGUGCAGAUAUCAAAGCCAUUUGCACAGAAGCUGGUUUAAUGGCGUUGCGCGAGCGUCGUAUGAAGGUAACUAACGAGGACUUCAAGAAGUCCAAGGAGAGCGUGUUGUAUCGCAAAAAAGAGGGCACGCCCGAAGGAUUGUAUUUAUAAGUCAAGAAAUUUAUGUUCAGUUAACAAAUUUAUCCUAUUAACACACAUUAAAGCCGAUUAAUAACAUAGUAAUAUCACUUGGAUGUGAAUAAAUUUUCAGUAAUUGGCAAAGUUCCGGCAUAUUGUCCCAAUAAA